AUGUUCCUUCUCUUUAUCGCUGUGGUUAUCCCCUAUAAAUUCUCAGAGACCUUGCUAGAGAAACCCCCGUUCCCGACUCUACCAAAGUGCUACACAGUUCGCAUGUUCUUCAGCGCCUUGACAAUUACAGCUUUGCUCGCCUUAGGCGCCAAUGCUCACUUCAAACUCCUUUACCCUCAGCCUCGGGGGCCGUACAACAGUACCCAACUGGGAGAGUUCUGUGGGGGUUACACCAACGUAACGACAAAUCGUACCGCCUUCCCCUUGAGCGGCGGCUUCCUCAAUGUUCAACAGAGCCACGAGCACUGGUCAGCCAAUGUCCUCAUCUCCACUGUCCCAAAUCCAUCAUCAGACGACGACUUUGAAGUGAACGGGGAACCUCAAUAUCUCCUACUCGAAGCGCACGAGCAUCACCCAGGCAAUUUCUGUAUACCACUUGACCUCGAAUCAGCAGGCAUCGCCGGUCUUGAGGAUGGCGCUAACGUGACGAUCCAAGUCAAUCUCUUCGACAAAGAGAGCUCGUUUUACCAGUGCGCCGACCUGACACUGUCCAGCACUGCAACCCUCGAUUCCAACCAAUGCAAGAAUAGUACGUCAGGAGGACACGACCAUGGGGACCAUUCUCACGGCUCCGAUGAGGAGGAUCCAGAGGAUAGUGGCACACGCUCGUCGGCGGAAGUUGCGGUGGUAGCAUGGGCCCUAUGUGUCGGCAUUGUUGGAGCUCUGUCUGCCGCUGCGCAACAGGCCCUGUAA